AAGCCAUAGCCAGGUGGAAAGUUUUCGCCGACUUUCCCCAAUUACCCCUCAUCCCCUUCCUCCGAACCUGCAAAAAGAAGGGAAAGAUCCACUCAAAUUCCCUAAAUCUCGAUCGGAUUUUCAUCCAUAUUACUCCAUUUCCCGAGUUUCGUUUAUUUUCUUCGUCUAAUCUCUACCGGUCCAGACCGCCGAUGGACGGAAUCGGCCGGACGGCGCCAUUGCAGCCUUCGGGAAACCCGGUAUCUCCCUUUAGUUUCAGUAACGAGUCGGCUCGCUCCGGGUCUUCCCUCGCCGCCAGCGGCAACCCAGAAGAAAUCUUGCACCUGAGUGUCAAUGGAGGACCGGAUGAGUCUAGCAGGUGGACGGAUGAGAAACAUGAUAUAUUUCUAAGUCUGUUAGAAGCAUCAUUUGUUAAACAGAUGCACAAGCCAAUGACCACCGAGCCCAGGUUCCAAGAUCAUGCUAAAGCAAAGACAAAUAUGUCCCAGAAACUGUGUACGAACAAGUGUAGAGCUUACAACCAGGCUUCUGUUGCACAAGAUCCCAGUUGGCACGAGAUCAAUAUAGAAAGGGAAUUGGCAAAUCAUGGUACUGCAUCCAUUUCUCAUGGUUCCUGCAAAGACAAACAGAUUUCUCUUUUCAGCCAUUCUGAUAUUCAAGUGCUGGGUUCUGAAGAAGGUUCAGGGCAAAACUUUGUUGAUGAAGGUAAUGAAGAAAACAUUACCAGAGACAUGUAUGCCCUUGAUCAUCAUCAAGUAAAGAUGAAAAUACUAAGUCCCUGAAAAAUCCAAUUUCUCAUCAUUCCAUCCCAUACUUGUCUUCUAGCUAGAUGGUCCCAUCUGAAAAUCCAGUAGCUCCUGCUUCUUCUCUUGAGCAGUAUGAGAGCUUUGUUGGGCCCUCCAUGUAUUACUGAGAUGUGAAAUAGUUUAUGAAAUCUCUAUUUUAAGUUUCAUCUUAUGCAUAUAUAAUUUCUUGUUCAAUUCAGUGUCAAUAUUUACAUUUUAGCUCAUUCAUUUCUCUAAUUAGAAAUUAGAAUCAUGAAGCCUUUUCGUGUGUGUGUGUGUGUGUGUGUGUGUGUGUGUGUGUGUGUAUAGUUUCAUGACUUUCAUCUUUCAUAUACGGUCCUGGGACUAGGCUCAGUGAGUGUGUGUCUAGUUAGAGGUCGCCAAGGUUUCGGUUUGGAACCGGACUCGGAACCUUAGGUUCCACAACUGCUCAUGAACGGGGACCGAUUGAAAUUGACAUGAAAGGGUUCUAAUCAAGGUUCUUACUUCUC